AAGAUGGCCGCCGGCGGCUUCGGCGUGCGCGGAGGUGGGAGGUGAGGAGCGGCCGGGCCGGCCUGCGGGAAGAUGGCAGAGAGCGAGCGGCGGGCAGGCACCUCUGAGGAGGUGGCUCCUCCUGUCCAGCAAUGCUUCAUGGUCCCCAAAAAGGAGAUAAAUGUGGUUUCUGACAUGGCCAAGUGGAAGCGAUCUCAGGCAUAUGCAGACUACAUGGGCUUCAUCCUCACCCUGAAUGAAGGUGUCAGGGGCAAGAAGCUGACCUGUGAAUACAAAGUUUCAGAGCCCAUUGAAAAGCUGGUGGCUCUGCUGAACACCCUCGACAGAUGGAUCGAUGAAACCCCGCCAGUGGAUCAACCUUCUCGCUUUGGGAACAAAGCCUUCAGGACCUGGUAUGCCAAACUAGACCAGGAGGCAGAAAAGUUGGUGUCAGCAGUGAUUCCCAAGCAUUUGGCUGAUGCUGCCCCAGAAGUGGCUGUGUACCUGAAGGAAUCCGUGGGGAACUCCACCCGCAUUGACUAUGGCACAGGGCACGAAGCUGCAUUUGCAGCCUUUCUCUGCUGCCUCUGCAAAAUCGGUGUGCUCAGAGUGGAUGACCAGAUGGCCAUUGUCUUCAAAGUGUUUAACAGGUAUCUGGAAGUGAUGCGAAAACUGCAGAAAACCUACAGGAUGGAGCCUGCUGGCAGCCAGGGCGUGUGGGGCUUGGAUGACUUCCAAUUCCUGCCUUUCAUAUGGGGCAGUUCCCAGCUGAUAGACCAUCCAAGUCUGGAGCCUCGGCAUUUUGUUGACGAGAAGGUGGUAAAUGAAAACCAUAAGGACUUCAUGUUCCUGGAGUGCAUCCUCUUCAUUACAGAGAUGAAGACAGGCCCCUUUGCUGAGCACUCCAACCAGCUCUGGAACAUCAGCGCCGUGCCCUCCUGGUCCAAGGUCAACCAGGGCCUCAUCCGCAUGUACAAGGCAGAGUGCCUGGAGAAGUUUCCUGUGAUCCAACACUUUAAGUUCGGCAGCCUGCUCCCCAUCCAGCCUGUGACAUCUUAAGGAGACCAUGGGAGGAGCUGAGGCAGCGGAGGCACAGCACAGCGCUCCUCCUCCUCCCCUCAUCCCUCCUCACCACCCAGCCCAUCCGUUCCUGCACAUCCUCAUCGGCAACCACACAUCCAAAGCACUGGCCGGCCUGGCUCUGGAGAUGGCACCUGGAGCAGCUCCUCCUGCACGUCCUCACCCUGGGGACGUGUCGCCAGCGGCCGAGCGGGGCCGCGCUGCUCCGCCUGCCGCGCCCGCGCUGCCGGGAAUGGGGAUGGGUUUGGGCAGGGGCUGCCCUGCAGCAAAGGCCCUCUGCUUCACUUCCCAAGAGAAAGGGGUGUGGAGGGGAGGAAGGCACGUGUGUAUGUGUUGGGCAGUGGUAACUGCAAUUUCCCUUUUGAAUUUCAUUGGAGUUUCCUGUUGCUGUUUGCUUUGGGAAACCACUGCGCGGGGCGAGGUGUGAGCCUGUGCCUGUCUGUAUCAGCCAGCUCUGCCUGCACUGGAGGUCUGAAACGGGAAAAGGGAGUUGUAGGGAAUUUCUGUGGGUUGCGGAAGCCCAGGGUACCGUCUCUCCCUUUUUCUGGGUAAGGAAAGCGCCCUCCCUCCACCUCUUCUGCAAGGUUUCCUGGGCCUUCCUUUCCCACUAGCUCCUCUUCUCUUGGGUGAAGAUGGGAACUUUCUGGGCUGUGGGAGUCUGAGCUGGCUCUGGAGCUGAAGACAAGGUCCCUGUAGGGAUCCAGCUCUGUGGGAACAGCUAUGCAAAGACACUGCUCAGGCACCCUCUUAACUGGCACAUGCCCUGACACAUUCACACACAUCCAUAACUGGGUCCAACCUGCCCUCUGCACUGUGCUUUGCUGCCCUGGGGCUGGGCUGGCCUCAGUGGCACAAAGUGGCCGUGGUUGCUCCUGCUUGGUCAUAAGCUGUAGUGACACCCCCAUAGCAAAAGGAUUUCCCCACAAAGCAGCACAAUCCCCAGCUCUUCGAGGGGGACAUCCCUGGAGCACAGGCAGCAUGAGGGGGCAGCAUGCAGCUUCUCAUGCACUCCUGUACUUGCUCUGGAAACAAAAAGCAUAAAUAGCCUGGAACAGCAGGUUAUACCUGGAGGAAGCUCUUCCCCUAUGUCCUUCCCUGCUGGUGUUGCUGUGCUGGACCUCAGGCAGGGGAACCACACUUGCAGUGCCACCAGCAGCAGUGUGUUGAAGGCUGGUGGUCUGGAUCACACCAGCAGCAUCAUUGGAGGGCAGAAAGGACUGGUGCUGUUUUUGGGAUUAGCUGUCUGUCCACAGGUUGUGACCAACGUGGUACACAGCUUUGCAGCUGCAGUGGGGUUGUUUCUUCUUGGGGUUCCCGGGCUGGGUGUGGCAGGGACAGAGGUCUGGACUGGUGUUUGCUGGGUAUCAGGAGCA